CAAAACUCAAACUUUUAAAAUUAAACUACUGUUCGGGUAUUGGGUCAUGCAGUGAAUGCUAGCUAGCGCUACAGUAGUGUGUAAUGUCGUUUUAAACUAUCUAGCAACACUUUGAUUUUGAUGUUUGGAAAACGAUCUGCGAUAAUGAUUAUUGAUUUUGAUGUAGACGUAGUAGGGAAACGAUCUGCGAUUAUUUUUGAUUUUGAUGUCGGACCCGUGCGCAUUGUCGUGUUUUACUACCGGUACCGUCGCUAGCAACACUUUGAUUUUGAUGUUUGGGAAACGAUCAGGAUUUUGAUUUUUGAUGUUUGGGAAACGAUCUGCGACGACCAAGAUGAAGCGAUGACUGGAUUUUGAUGUUUGGAAAACGAUGGGACGUCAAGAUUUUGAUGUUUGGGAAACGAUUUCUGUGAUGACGAUGACCAACAUCAAACGACGAUCAUAAUGAUUCAGGUUUCUUGAUGUGACGACCUUGAAGAUUUUGGUUUGAAAAUAGUUUGAAACCUCGAACGAGUAGACUUUCAAAACUUCAAUGUCUCGUUGGUUGUGCCUUUGGAAAGAGAUGUCGACGAUGGCGUGUGCGGUACGGCGGCAAGGGUAGCUUUCCAUUCCGUGGCUUCGCUCCGCUGUGGAUGGAUUUGCUUCGUUCCUUCUUUCCUUCAAUUCAAGUAAGUCUCUCCAUGCAAAAUGUCAUGAUAUCGCCGUUGGCUAGCCAGCAGUACCCUUUCACGGCUUCCAGUUGAUCCGUCCAUUGACCCGUCGACAUCUUGAAAAUAGACGGUAUCGCUUCUCAUCUUGGUUGCUCUCUUCCACAAUAUCAUAGCCGUCUGCUGACGCUCGGAUUCAUUCGCCAUUAACCUGGGGUAUAUUGUAUCCAGUGGGUAUCCAGCCGAUUUUCCCGUGGUGUCUACCAGACCUCUUAUAUCUGCUAUCGUCCUAGCUAGCGAACUCAUCUUGGUCGCUCUCUUGCACAGUACGGUAGCCGUCUCCUGACUCUCGGAUUCGCCAUUAACCGUGGGUAUACGGUAAACGUUCCAGCAUCUCUUCUCAACCAGCCGAUAUUCCCGCGGUGUCUGCCAGACCUCUUGUCUCUGCUACAACGGUAGCUACCGGUAGCUAGCAAGCUCUUUUGCUGCUUGAUGUCCCCUGUCCCCUUCUCACAGCGGUAUCGUCGCCUGUUGGUUCUUAUAGUGACGAUUGAGAUAUGCUUCCCAAUUUCUGUAACUGUCGUUGCUUUUGGUUGAUGGCACCUUUCUCGGAAGGCUAAAGAUAUCGCGACCAUCCAUCAAUCGGGUUUUGCAAAAGAUCUUUUGCACUUUCUCAUUGUCAGCGGCUCCAACGUGGAACUUUCUUCCAGUAGACCUGAGUAGAUGGCAGUACUGGGCCAAAGAUACCUUGGUGUCUUCGGAAGCUUACGUACUUUCUUUUAGAUUCUUCGACAUCAUCCGCCACCAACCAAAUCACCAAUCUAACAGCACUCUUCUUCACAAACCCAUCACUCAUCCAUACUUUCUGAAGAAAAUUAGCUGCCAGCAAGUCUCCAGAUUAACUAAACGGCUACCCAACCCAUCAAACAACGCCUCACAAUUUAUCCCUUAGCCAUCAGUCAGAUACCCAAAUUGAAUUUUCUACCAUGGUCCGAUUUUCCUCCUUUGCCCUUUGUGCCCUCUUGGCCACCGUCGAUGCCUUUACCAACCCAUCCAUGCCAUCAGCAGCCCGUGUCGCCACUUCCUUGAACAUGGGAGGUCCCUCGUCUUCGGCCAAAAUUGAGUCGGUCAAGGCCCGAGAAAUUUUGGAUUCUCGUGGUAACCCCACCGUCGAAGUCGAACUCGGCAUUAGUGAUGGCCGUGUCUUUGUGGCCAGUGUCCCAUCGGGUGCAUCCACGGGAGCCUACGAAGCCGUCGAAUUGCGAGAUGGAGACAAGAACCGAUACCUCGGAAAGGGCGUGUUGAAGGCCGUCGACAAUGUCAACUCGGUUCUUGGGCCUGCCGUUCUGGGUAUGGAUCCUGCCGCACAAUCGGAUAUUGACAACAAAAUGUUGGAAAUUGAUGGUACCGCCAACAAGGCCAACAUGGGUGCCAAUGCCAUUUUGGGUGUUUCUUUGGCCGCCUCCAAGGCAGGAGCCGGUGCCCGCGGUGUUCCACUCUACCAGCAUUAUGCCGAUUUGGCCGGAAAUGAUUUGAGCCAAUAUACCAUGCCCGUCCCAUGCUUCAAUGUCAUCAAUGGAGGAUCCCACGCCGGAAACAAGUUGGCUUUCCAAGAAUACUUUGUCAUCCCCACCGGUGCCAAAUCCUUCUCGGAAGCCAUGCAAAUUGGAUGUGAAGUCUACCACACCUUGGGAAAAAUUAUCAAGUCCAAGUUUGGUGGUGAUGCUACUCUGAUUGGAGACGAAGGUGGUUUUGCUCCUCCCUGUGACAACCGCGAGGGAUGCGAACUCAUCAUGGAAGCCAUUUCUCAAGCUGGAUAUGAUGGCAAGUGCACCAUCGGUCUCGAUGUUGCCGCUUCCGAGUUCAAGGUCAAGGGACAAGAUGGAUAUGAUUUGGACUUCAAGUACGAUGGAAAUGUCAUUACCGGAGAAGAACUUGGCAACCUUUACCAAUCCCUGGCCGCUGAUUUCCCCAUUGUCACUGUUGAGGAUCCCUUUGAUGAAGAUGACUGGGAGAACUGGGCUGCUUUCACUGGAAAGAACGCAGACACAUUCCAGGUUGUUGGAGAUGAUUUGACUGUCACCAACAUUGAAAAGAUUGAGCGUGCCAUCAACGAAAAGUCAUGCACUUGCCUCUUGUUGAAGGUCAACCAAAUUGGAUCCAUCACAGAAUCUAUCGCCGCCGUCACCAAGGCCAAGCAAGCUGGAUGGGGUGUCAUGACUUCUCACCGAUCUGGAGAAACCGAAGAUACCUACAUUGCCGAUUUGGCCGUUGGUCUCUGCACUGGACAAAUCAAGACUGGAGCUCCUUGCCGAUCGGAACGUCUUGCCAAGUACAACCAAUUGCUGCGAAUUGAGGAAGAGCUUGGUGCCUCCAACACUGUCUACGCUGGAGAGGGUUUCCGCACGACUGCUUGGAUGGGCGAAGGUGCUCUCGUCAACUAAAUUUCAAUCGAACCAACCAAUGCUUCCAUCAUCUGAAAUUCUUGAUUGAGCCGAGCUAACGACGGUACUGAUGACGGGAUGAUUGGACGUGUUGAUAGUAGCCUGGCAUGAAAGGCUUCCUUCUCUUUUAAAGAUGCAUAUAAAAGAUACAAACCUAGAUAAGCGAAGUCGUGCUAGCUAGUUGUUGUGAAGCGUUUGUCCGUGGACCAUCCUUGGACAACAACUUAAACCAUGCAUCUGCCAUGCAGUACAGUUUCAUAAGAUCGUACUCCGUUUGAUGGUUGGUACAUUUCAAUCCUUACAGUACAAUUACUAACACAUGUUUCCUAGAU